AUGUGGAGAUUUUACAUGGGUUCAGAUGCUAUCUUCAUUGCUGCAAAAGAAAAAAUUCAAGUGGACGAGGGGUUGGCAAACCAGAUAGUAGAGGCUGACUUCUCUUUAUACCCUGGUUGUACUACAUACACGGAGCUAUCGAUCACUAUUGAGUUGUAUAGGCACAAGAUGGUAAAUGGUGUAUCUCGGAAAGCUUUUGAUGAACUUCUCAAGAUAACUGGUUCAAUGUAUCCCCCCAGGUGGAAGGAAGAGACAUCUAACAUGGAAUAUGAUGACAUGAUAGACAGGCCCAAAAAGAAGAUACCGGUUAAGCAACUGAUAUGGCACGCGACGCAUAAGAGUAAAGAUGGGAAGAUACGUCAUCCAUCAGAUUCUUUGGCUUGGAAGCACACAGACACAAAGUUCCCCGAGUUUGCUUCAGAAUCGCGUAAUUUGCGUCUUGGGCUUGCUGCUGAUGGAUUUAAUCCGUUUGGCGAUAUUUCACCAACCCACAGUUUUUGGCAGGUGUUGAUUGUGGUAUAUAAUCUCCCCCCUCAGCAGUGUAUGCAAGACGAAAAUAUUAUUUUAAGCUUGCUGAUUCCAGGAAAGAAACAACCAGGUAGAGACAUCGAUAUAUACUUGCAACCACUGAUAGAUGAUCUGAUUGAGUUGUGGGAUAAUGGCGUGGAGUUUUAUGAUAAGUUUAGUAAGACAAUGUUCAACUUGAAGGCUUUAUUGAUGCGGACGAUAAAUGAUUUUCCUUCUUAUGGUAAUCUAUCUGGAUGUACGUAUAAGGGGAAGGCAGCCUGCCCUCUUUGUGGUGAUAAUACUCUUUCGAACUGGUUGUCAUUUAGUCGUAAAAUUAGCAUUAUUGUGAAUGAUUUUUGGAAAGUGAAGCAGAACGAGGCAGAGAAAAGGAAAGAUAAAGAUGAUAAGAAGAAAAAUAAUAAGAAGAAUAACCAGAAAAAGGUUCAGAGUAGUGCGGCAACAGGUGCAAAUGACGGUAAUUCUAAGUGUGAGAAGCGGAAAAGGGCAGUUGCUACUGAUGCAUGUUCGAGUGCUGCUGCUACUUCUGGUACACAGGAUGCUGACCAUCUGAUAUUCAACAAACAGUCCAUAUUUUUCGACUUUCCUUAUUGGAAGGUCCGUGAGAGUGUCAUUGGUACUAUAUUGAAUAUAAAUUUUAAAACAAAAGAUGGCUUAAACUCCCGUAAUGAUCUGAAAAGUAUGGGAAUCAGAGAAGACUUGCAUCCAACACUCAAAAAUGGCAAAACAUGGCUUCCACCAGCACCAUAUAACUUGAGAGACAAGGGAAAGGCUAUAUUUUAUAAUAGGAUGAGAAAUUUUAAGGUUUCAUCUGGGUAUAGUUCUGAUCUUAGGAGGCAUUUCUCGAAAGAUGGUUGCUUGGGUGUCCUUAAAGCUCAUGAUUACCAUGUUCUUAUGCAACAAAUAUUACCUGUAGCUUUGAAGGGACUUUUACCUGAUGGGACAAGUACUGCGAAAAAACAACUUAAGUGCAAUGUUCUAAUAGUUAAAGGUUGGUCUGUCGCAGACAAAGCAGAUGAAGGGAGAGUAGAUCAGAGCCGUCAUGAAGACAAUCAACAUGCUUCCACAACUGCAGGGCGUCCUCUUUCUAAAGGUGCUCGAGUGUGUAUUGAUAGUGAUAUGCUAAAUAUCGCUCAUAGAUACGUUCUUUUUAACACAACAGAAAUUGACCCAUAUAGAACAAUGCACAUGGAUGAGUUAAGUUCUUAUGAUACUUCCAGUGAUGAAAACCAACUCAUUUCCAUACACUCAGAGACAUUUGCAGAUUGGAUACGGCUAAAGGUUAAAAUGAAAAUUAGUCAAGGCAUAUCAGUAUCAAAUACAGUAGAAUGGUUGGCAUAUGGUCCUUUAGAUAAUUGUGUAUCAUAUAAAGGCUUGGAAAUAAAUGGGUCAAGGUUUAUUACGAAGGAUUUUCAAAGAGUCACACAAAACAGUGGUGUUUCAAUUGAAUCAAAAUCUUUAGUUGCAGGACGGUCACAAAUGAGUGGUUUCUAUGGUGUUUUAAAACAAAUUCUCGUGUUGGACUACCAACAUAUGUUUCAGAUUCCCAUAUUCAAAUGUGACUGGGCUCACACCUAUUUUGGUGUCAAGAUUGAAAAAGGCUAUACAUUGGUAAACUUACGUCAGCAUAAGAACCAAUAUCAGAAUGAUCCAUUCAUUUUAGCGUCACAAGCCCCGCAAGUUUUCUAUUCUCGAGAGUCAGAUACAUCUAAUUGGUUUGUGAUGUUGAAACCACCACCUAGGGGUUUCCAUGAAUUAGAGGAAUACAAUGAACAAGAAGACACAAGUUGCCAUCCAGUGGAUCCUUCAACUCUUGUCUCACAAAUGGAUGACGAGACCGAGAGUUGUGAAAGAACUGAUGAUGAACCUAUCUUAGUGGUUCCAACAAAGAAGAAGAACAAGAAGAAUAAGAAAAAGAAAAAUAAGUAUCAUUGA